AUUAUCAUAUCUGUAUUCACAUAGUAUGCACCCGGACACAUUCACAAUACUGCAACCGGCUCCAACAGAGUGGAGAGGCUGUUAGGAUGGAGGAAUAUGAUAUCAUUGUGCUUGGAACUGGACUUAAGGAAUGCGUCCUUUCUGGUUUAUUGUCUCAAAGUGGCAAAAAGGUUCUUCACAUUGACAAGAAUCCUUACUAUGGAGGAGAGAGUGCAUCCGUUUCUCCCCUUGAGGAGCUAUACAAGAAGUUUAAGGUGCCAGGCCCUGAUAAUCCUAUGAGCCGUGGAAAAGAGUGGAACAUCGACCUUAUCCCCAAAUUUUUCCUUGCCAAUGGUGAGCUGGUGAAAAUCUUGGUGCACACUGAUGUUACUCGAUAUCUGGACUUCAAAGUCGUUGAAGGCAGCUACGUAUACAAAGCAGGCAAAGUGCACAAAGUCCCCGGCACAGAGGAUGAUGCCAUGCACGCUUCAGAUCUGUUGGGCAUGUUUGACAAGAGAAGGUUCAGGAAGCUGCUGCUCUUCGCCCAGAGCUUUGACGAGAGAAACCCUCGGACCUGUCAUGACGUGGAUCCUAGCAACAUGACCACACGGGACCUCUUCUGCCGCUUUGACCUGGGACAAGAUGUCAUGGAGUUCACAGGUCAUGCCAUAGCCUUACACGGCAAUGAGAGUUAUCUGGACAAGCCGUGUGGGGACACCAUCAGACGGAUCAGGCUGUACUCUGAGUCUCUGGCCCGCCACAACACCAGUCCUUACAUCUACCCUGUGUACGGGCUGGGAGAACUACCACAGGGAUUUGCCAGACUGAGUGCAGAGUACGGAGGAACUUUCCUCCUGAACAGAACAGUGGACGAGCUCGUGAUGGACAACGGCAAAGUGAAAGCUGUGAAAUCUGAGGGGAAGGUGUUCCACUGUAAACAGCUCAUCUGCGACCCCAGCUACGUCCCUAGUCGAGUGAGGAAAGUGGGCCGUGUGAUAAGAGUCAUCUGUUUAUUAAAUCAUCCGGUUAAAAACACCCACGAGGCCAACUCCUGCCAAAUCAUCAUCCCUCAAACGCAACUCAACAGGAAAUCUGACAUUUACAUAUCUGUAGUGUCCUAUGUCCACAAUGUGGCCUCAGACGGGAUGUAUAUCGCCACAGUGAGCACGGCUGCAGAAACAAGAAACCCAGAGAAAGAAGUUCAGCCCGGCCUGGAGCUUCUCGAGCCCAUCAUGCAAAAAUUUGUUUCAGUCAGCAAAAUUCUAGUUCCCAAUGAAGAUGGAAUAAACAGUCAGAUAUUUGUGUCCCGCUCAUAUGACGCAAUAAACCACUGUGAGGCUGAAUGUGAGGACAUCAGAGACAUGUACCGCCGGAUCACAGGAGCAGAGCUCUGCUUCGGAGGAUCACAGAGACACGCGUCUCACAACUCUGAUGACGACUGAGGA